ACGCAUUCUUGACCAUUAUCAACAAAUCAACCAAUACUAAACAAAGAACAAAGAAAGAAAAAGAAAGAAAGAAAGAAUGUCUCACUCUUCUGAUCAAGCAUCAGAUUCAAAUCAAAACCAAAAUCAAAUCAAUACAAACGCUUCAAACCUUUCAAAUCAGUUAUCAGAUUUACGUCAAGCUUAUCAAAGAACUGGAUCCAAUCCACCUUUACCAAACAUUCCAUUACCAUCUAGUUCCUAUUCUAAUUACAAUCCUGAAUUAAAUAACUCUUAUAAAACCACAUAUCAACCUGAUAAAAACAGUCAUGAAAAUUCAGAUAAAACAAAUGGAAGUCCUUCUACUCAAAGAAUUCCAAUCCUCAAACAUGCAAGUUCAGUUUCAUCAAGAAAUCAAAUGCAUGGUCUCUCUUUUCAAUCUUUGUCUUCAAGACUUCAUCCACCUGGAACAAGUGGUGUUAGUCCAAGUCAAUUAAAUGUAGAAGAUCUAACUGAUGAACAGAAAGCUAGAAUUGUAAAACGACAUUUAAUGAAUAAAGAUGAACAAGAAGCAGCAAGACGAAUCACGAGUUCAUCUAAAUUGAAUGAUGAUUUAAUUGAUCCAUUCGAUCCAAAUUCAAUGGAUUCAGACGAACCAAAUUCAAAUAGAGAUAGUGAUGUUGAACCAUCUGGUAGUCAAGAACCUAUCCUUUAUCCAACUCCUUAUCAUUUACAAGGUGGUGAUAUUCAUCAUGAUCUUUAUAAAUGGGCUAAUAAUCUUCGAAUUAGCGAACAAGGUACUGCUACUGCUAUCAAUGAUACUCCCUCAGAUUCACCCCCUGCUAUGGCCUAUAAGGAUAUCAUGCAACCUGGCGGUUUCAGAAGAGCUUUCUUGUAUCAAAAACGACAAAUGAUUGGAGAACCUUAUAAUGGCCAAGAUAGCCGCAAAUUUACAAAAAGCUUUGUAGACUUUUUAUCUUUGUAUGGUCAUUUCGGUGGUGAAGAUUUAGAAGAAAUAGAUGAAGAAGAUGAAGCUGCAUAUCAUGCUUUACAAGGAUUACAUGAUCUAGAAGAUGGUGAUUUUGAUGAUGAACAUAUAGAGGAAGGACAAGUUGGAGAACGUUCAGCUUUAUUAGGAAAAUCUAAUCGUAAAGUUAGUGAUCAACGUUCAAGACCUAUUAACUCAAGACGAAGUAGUGGUGAUGCAACUGUUACUCAAGCUGUUCUUAUGUUACUCAAAUCACUUGUUGGAACUGGUGUUUUAUUCUUGGCUAAAGCUUUUUCCAAUGGAGGAAUGUUAUUCUCAGUCUUGACUCUGGUCUUUAUUUCUAUGAUCUCAACCUAUUCUUUUGUUCUUCUUGUUCGAACAAGGUUACAAAUCCCAGGUGGAUUUGGAGAAAUCGGGGGGAUCCUUUACGGUCCUUGGUGUCGUUGGGCCAUUCUUUCAUCAUUAGUAAUCUCACAAUUGGGAUUCGUAGCGGCUUAUACAAUUUUCAUUGCUCAGAAUCUACAAGCAUUUGUUCUCGCUAUCACCAAUUGUAAACUUUUGAUUCCGAUCUAUGUACUGAUCUUCGGUCAACUAAUUGCUUAUCUACCGUUGUCAAUGAUAAGGAAUAUCCAAAAGCUUUCAGGAACAGCCCUUAUAGCAGAUGUUUUUAUUCUGAUUGGUCUAGUAUAUGUCUUUGGUUAUGAAAUCAAUUUAAUGGCUACAGUUGGAGUGGCACCAAUCCAAGCUUUCAAUCCAGACAGUUUCCCUCUACUGAUCGGUACUGCAGUAUUUGCAUUUGAAGGAAUUGGUCUAGUAAUUCCUAUAACAGAAAGUAUGAAACAACCUGAAAAGUUUCCAAAAGUUUUAACAGGUGUAAUGGUAGGUCUUACUUUCCUAUUCGCUGGUGCUGGCGCCCUUGGAUAUGCUGCUUUUGGUUCAGAUGUUCAAACUGUGGUGAUUGUGAAUUUACCUCAAGAAGAUAAGAUGGUGAAUGCCGUACAAUUUCUUUAUAGUAUGGCUAUUAUGUUAUCUACUCCACUUCAAUUAUUUCCAGCUGUGAGGAUAAUGGAAAAUGGAUUAUUUAGUACAAGUGGAAAAUAUAGUAAUAAAGUGAAAUGGGAAAAAAACUUAUUUAGAACUUUAACUGUUAUCUUUUGUUCAUUUAUCGCUUGGGCAGGUGCAAGUGAUUUAGAUAAAUUUGUUUCUUUGAUCGGUAGUGUUGCUUGUGUACCUUUGUGUUUUUGUUAUCCUGCUAUGUUACAUUAUAGAGCUAGAGCUAAAACUGUUAAACAAAAAAUUGCUGAUAUUGCUUUAUUUAUCUUUGGAGUUCUUGCAGCAAUUUAUACAACUGCUCAAACGUUGAGUAUAAUUUUUGGUGACAUUGAAAAUGGUAAAGAUGAUGGACCUAAAUAUGGAAAUUGUGAUGUAGUACCUUAAGUAUGAAGUAGUUUUCUUUUCUUUAAUUUCAAAUUACAGCAUUGUCAAUUACAGAAGGGUUUUAAGUAGGAUUGAAAGACAAAGAGAAAAGGAAAGAAAGGGAAGUAGAAUGAAAGGAGUAAACAGUUGAAAUGUUUGUGGGGAAUGUUUUUUUCUUUGAUUAGAGGUUUAUGCAAAUUAUGCUUCAUUGUAUCAGUAAAUAUCAUCAUCAUCAUCAUCAUUUUCCUCUCUUUUUACAAUGAGUCCUUGUCUUUGGAGUAUGUAACUCGGUUUAUCAUUGAUUUGUGAAAUGUAUUUUUAAAUUUUUCUCCCUC